AUGGGGUCGAGUACUUCUCGGGCGGUGUCUACACCUACGGGAACAAGGACCCCGGGCCAUGGUGUGCUUUUGUUCUUCAUCGCAACGUCGCUACACCGCCACAACCUUUUGGGCACCGAGAUCGUGACCCUCUCCUUCGGCGAGUUCUCCGGCGGUCAAAUCUGGGUGGAAUGCGACGAGAGCCAGACGACUUCGCCUAUCUACCGGGGCGAUCCUGGGGGGACCGUCCGCUGUGGAAAGCUCGUGUGCUCUCAGGAAAACCCAGUCAGGCUGGACCCGAAGGUCCGUCACGGCACGGAGGCCUGGGAAGGGGAGCGGUGGACGCUUUCCUGCUUCACACCGCGUGGCUAUCCUCUGGUUCCCUCAACCGAUCGAGAACGUCUACGAGAGCUACGCUUUCCUUUGCGAGACCUACCACGACUCGAAGGACCCGGUGAUCAAGCCUUCCACGUUGCUACGACUACCCGGCCAGCCAAGAGUAUGCGAAGGGAUCUGUGGAAACGGGCGCAGAGGUUGGCUUCUCUGACUACCUGGUGUACGAUGGCGGCAACGAUGUGGACCCAGACUUGUUGGCCUCUUCCUCGAGGCCAGGCGGCUUUGGCACUCGCUGAAAUCGGUGGCUACGAAAAGACGAUUGAGGCCACCAGCUACGACUACUCCGCUCUGGAGCCUGUGUUUGCUGAGGAUCUCCGCGACCCCCAAGAGGUCGAGGCCUUCAUCAAGAUGAUCGAGUACUUUCAGCCCCAAACGAUUUGGGUUCAUGGGGACACCUGCUACGACAUCCUGACCGAGAUCUACCCGGCCCUGGACGCUCAAGUUGGUGCUGGAAGGAGGCUUGUUGUUGUGGGCCCCGAACACGAGGCCUGUUGGUUCCACCCUGAGAUCAUCAAUUUGAUUCAGAAGUACGAGGAGAAGAGCGUCUGGAACGACGCGGUUGGCGACCACGAGACCUUCAACCUCACCCUGGAGUUCAACUCGCGCGUCAAUGAGGAGUUUACCCCAACGUCUGCCGAGGAGAUCGAAUCUGAGAUCCCCCUCUUCUCUGCCUACGUCACCGACGCCGAAGGUCGGGAAGCGAAAGGUGGGACGAGAGACAACGGUCCCCGAGGAGCCUCAGCCAUUUCUUUUGUCCCCGGACAAUCUAUCCCGAGGGAGGUGCAGAGUUCUCUACGACGACUCCACCAGAAUUUGGGGCACCCGGAUGCCCAAGACCUGGCAAGACAUCUCCGUCUUGCUGGCGCCUCCCCAGAUGUGGUGGCAGCGGCCAAAAGGAUCAAGUGCGAAGUCUGCGAUCGGAACAAGCGCGGUGGAUCGGCUCGCCAGGCCUCUAUGCCGAACCUCCUGAGCUUCAAUCAGGUGGUGGCCCUCGACGCCUUUACUGCCUACGAUGCCGAGAAAAAGAAGGUCGAGUUCCUGAUCGCUGUGGACAUUGGAACAGGGUUUUGUUUAUCGGCGCCCCUACUCGGUCACUCAGGAGCGGCCAUGGAGACCACGUUCUGCCGUAUGUGGUCCAAUACGUUCGGGGCACCGGGAACCAUGAUCCUGGACCUAGAGACCGGCCUCCAAAAGGGCCUCAGCCGCUAUAGUGAGUGGCAUGGGACAAAGAUCCGUCCCAUUGCCGCCCAAGCACACUGGCAGCAGGGCGCCGUGGAGCGCUGCAUCAGAACGUGGAAGGAAGUGUGGGUCAAGACUGUCGAUGAGAAGGCAGGGACGGCGGAUGAGCGAGACAUGCUCGUCACUGCGGUCAAUGCGGCGAUGAACUCACUGCGCCGUGAUAGCGGACACAGUCCUGCACAAGCUGUUUGGGGUCGUGACCCGGCCUCCCGGACGACCUCUUCGACGAGGACGGCAGCGUGCAUAGCCGAUUUCAAGGUGAAGAAUGAUGGGAAGUUGCGGAGGGCUCUCAAUCAGAGGACCCGUGUCAUGGGACCGGAAGUCGACGUAGGGGCCCACAUCUACAUGUACCGCAAGCCCAAAAGCCAGAAGCAUUGGGAAUGGUUCGGUCCCGCCGUCGUGAUCGGAGAGGAGGGCGGCAACUACUGGGCCUCCUUCGGGGGGAGAUGUCAUCUCAUAGCACCGGAGCACAUGCGACUCGCCUCCGGAGAAGAGGUUGGCCAAGCCUUUUCUGCGAAAGUCGCGCGCGACGACCUUCACAAGUUACUGGAACUCGACUUCGUCGAGGAGGAGACCUACGUCGAGGCCGACGACACCUACGAGGGCGAUAUCGGCGAUGUAGAGCUGGAUGCUGGAAGUCCCGACUACGACGAGGAGGACAGCGAUGCAGCCAUGCGAGAAGGUCGAGCUCGAGAUGAUGUUGAAGCACCCCUCCCGGUAGCCAAGCGCUACCGUCGGAAGGGCCCACAGGAAGCCGACGACCGAGAUGCACGCGGAGACCCACAAGAACUUGCAGGUCAAGAAGUUUUCAUGAUGAAGAUACCAAAGACUGAGAGGGGCCGCCAGAAGGCCCUCGAGAAAGAGCUUCCGUGGAGUCUCAUUCCCCCGGACCAACAUGAGGGUUUCCGCCAGGCAGAACAGAAACAGUGGUUGGAGCACGUUGAGCACGACGCGCUGGAACCCUUGUCUGUUGAGCAAAGCAGGCGAGUGCUGAAGGAGAAGGGGAGCCGCAUCUUGAACAGCAGGUUCGCCUACCGCGAUAAGUUGUGGAGCCGUCGCCGCCAAGAACCAGAAGUGGGCUGGAAGCAUAAAGCGAGGCUUGUGAUCAGCGGGCACCGAGAUCCAGACCUGCUGACAGGCCUCCCGACGCAUGCGCCUACCAUCUCCCGGCAGGGGAUCCUGUUGCUCCUCCAGAUUCUUGCUUCGAACCUGGAGUCUGGAUGGACGGGUCAUGCAGGUGACGUUUCGGCGGCUUUCCUCUGCGGCGAGACAUUGCAGAGGGAAUUGUUCUUACGGCAGCCGAGGAACGGCCUCGGCACGCUCCACCCGGAGCAACUGCUCAAGAUCAAGAAGCCCAUCUUCGGCCUCGUGGACUCCCCGGCGGCGUGGUGGAAAAAGUUCAGCAAAACCCUCAAGAACAUGAGGCUCCGUGGCGAGAAUGGGGAAGUGUGGUGUGUCCGGCAGUGUUGCUUGGACCAUUGCAUCUUCAUGAUCCAGAAGGAGAUUGUCAAUGAGGAGACUGGCGAGGUUUCCUAUGAGGCACCGGUCGGAUACCUCGGCGUCCACGUCGACGAUGUGCUGUUGAUAGGACAGGACAAAGUCUGUGCCCUCAUGAAGGAAAAGCUGAGCGAACUCUUCCCCAUCCGUGAAUGGGAAACUGGGAGCUUCGAGUACGUUGGAUCCUACAUCCAGAUCACCCCCGAGGGAGUGCGUCUGACCCAGGCGAGCUACGCGGCUACAAGACUCUUUGAGGUUGAGAUCGCCAAGGACCAAUGCGACCUCGACGAGGCGACUGAGGAGCAGCGACAUGACAAUAUGUCGCUGAUAGGGGCGUUGAGCUGGCUGGCUUGCCAAAGCCGGCCCGACCUCCAAGUCGGUGUCAGCUUGUGCCAGCAAAGACAGAAGCAACCGUUAGUGGAAGACCUCAAGUUCACUAACACUCUGGCGCACCGCGCGCUAGAGCUCCAAGAGCAGGGGCUGACGUUCUACCCCGUCAAUCUGGACGAUGCGGUGCUUCUGUGCUACCACGAUGCGGCCUGGGCGAACGUUCCCCAGAACCAGGACGAUCCAUACUACAGCCUGACGACCGAGGAGGAUCUCCAAGGGCUCAUGGACCCGAGCCUUCGAGCGAAGAAUGCGAAGGCCAAGAAGGCGAACUCAUCGAUCGCCUGUCAACUCGGAGCCCUGUACGUGUUGUGUGACACCGCUGUCCUGAGAGGCCAGCGGAAAUGUGGGAGCAUCCUUGACUGGAAGAGCGGGGCUUGCGACCGAGUUUGUCGGUCGACAUUUGCGGCGGAGACUAUGGCUUGCGCCACUUCCAUCGAGACGGCCGACUACAUCUCGAAGUUCUUGGAAAGCCUACUGAGAGGAGACCUGAUCCGAGACGACUCACGUCUACAGUUGAGGCUCGCUUUGGAUCUGGCGUCCAUCCGAAAUGAUUUGAAGGCCAACGAGUGGUGGGAGAGCCUGAAGAGGGGCAUCAAACUUACUUUUUCAGAGGCGCAUGUGUUUGCUCGAAGCGUGGCCAAAACGGAGUCACGCCAGCUGCCCGAGGUUUCAUGGGCCAUGCUGCGGAUUCAGACCGUGUCGGGUGAAGGAGUCGCUGAGAUUGACUUGGCGAUCUUUCUCGAGGCGCAGCCUGCCGGCAUGCAUCCCGUCCGGGCAUUGAAACAACACUUGUGCAGCAUGUGUGGGCUGUCAAGGUUCAGGCAAAGGCUGGUAUUCCUGGACGAUAAUGUGGUUCUAGAUGACGAUGGCACCUUGAGACCUGGCGAAGUUCAGGUCGUACUUCAAAGCUUCCACCCACCAUCGGAUGCUCAAGUGACGGCGCUUCGGCAAGCUGCGAGAAGCGGUGUGUCAGCAGAAGUGGAAAAUCUUCUACAAAGGCCGCAAGACCCCGAUUUGGGAGAUCCGGACGAGGUGGAGGUUGCACGCUUUCUGCUGGAGGCCAACGCGGACAAGGACAAGGCAACGCAGGAUGGCACUACUCCGUUGAACAUAGACACAAGUAUCGGUGAUGCGCCUGUGCUGGAAUACAAUGCAGCCUGGAUUUGUAACUUCGCCUUCUGCUUCCUCAGCGCACGCAGCGAGGAAGCACCUACCCAGGCUGCAGAGCAGGUCCUGCUGUUUUCCGGCGGCAGACCCGAAGGAGCAGAGAUCCUCUUGGCGACCAGCGUGAACUUCGCCUUCGUCUUCGUGUUCUGGCGGCCGGUCGCUGGCCUUCUCCACACGGUGAAGGCGCGUGUCUGGCACGAUGUCCUUGCCUUCGUGCUAGCGCUCUCGCCGCUUGCUCUCAUGUUCUGCUUGAAGACCCUCUCGUUCGGAGAGGACUGGCCCGGCAGGACGAUGGUGCUGCCGUACCUUCUCCACGUUCACCUUGGCAUUCUUGGGGCGGCCCUCUGGGACAGGUUUCUGUCGCAGCUGCGGCCGCUCGGCUUCCAGGCAAUGGCAGAUUCCACGCAUUUGCUUCCUUGGGACGUGUUCAAGGGCUGGCUCGUCUUCACCACUGCCGCAUGGUGGGUUGCCUUUGUGCUCUUCGCGCCCCUGGGGCAGGUCAUUCUCAUGCACGACUUCGGCUCUGCCCAGCUCAGUUCUGUGGGGCAUCCAGCUCUGGGGCUGCCAUCGCCCCUCUGGCUCCUGGCAUCAGUGUGGCCCCUGGCUGCUCUCAUGAUCCUUUGUGGCCUCGUGGUGGCCCUGAGGCACUUCAAUGCCUUCCUCAGGUGGCUAGACUCAGAGUUGACGCAUAUUGGCCAAAAUCUGCUCUACUACCUCGUGGUCAUAAACAUCUUCCUCGCGUCCCUCCAGCGGAGCGACUUGCGAAGGGCCAGCUGCAGCCUGUGCCACUGCCUGCUGGGUGCCUUGAGCAUCCUUGCCGCCAGCAGGUUCAUCCAUUUCAUGGCAGGGCAGUCCCGCAAGGCCGCCAAAGUCUGA